CGCCACCGUGUGGUUAUGCAUAAACAUGUCAGAACAGGAUUGUGCAUGCGCAAACCUUUCCACCCGGCCACUAUCAAUCGAUCAGCGAGCCGAAGAUGGCGGCGCAUCGAGCCUGAACGUCUAGAUCGAUCACCGAAUAACUCGAUCGGGCACAUCGUACACUGGCUGAAGAAUAUCACGUAAAGCUGUAUCCCCGCGAAUAUUAAUCUCGGAAAGUAAAGCGGGUCCUUAGAGGCCCCUCUCAAACUUUGCCUAUCAAAAAUGGAUUUCCCUUGGCACAGUGGGAAGGUCUUGGAGCAGUUGAAUCAUCAGCGUCAGCUGGGACUGUUGUGUGACUGCACCUUUGUGGUGGAUGGGAUUGACUUCAAAGCCCACAAAUCUGUGCUAGCAGCUUGCAGUGCUUACUUCCGCACCCUUUUCUUGGACCAGAAAGAUGUCGUGCAUCUAGACAUCAGUAAUGCCGCAGGUUUGGGCCAAGUCCUUGAAUUCAUGUACACGGCCAAACUGAGCUUGAGUUCUCAGAAUGUGGAAGAUGUAUUGGCUGUGGCGACAUUCCUUCAGAUGCAGGAGAUUGUCAAUGCCUGCUCAGCCUAUCAGACUCUGGCAGUCCCCACCACGACGACUGACACUUCUGCACAGGACUCCACUAUUCUGAAAACAGAGACAGCCGACGAGGAGCCAUCGGCGCCACACAAACCAGACGCAACGACACAAGAGGAGGAGCAGCAGCAGGACACCAGAGCUACCUCAGUGACUGAGGCCUGUGAAGCACAACCUCCAUCCUCGGACGCUGCUACAGAGGACGAGCAAGCGGCGAAUGCCAUUUCAGAAGGCAACACAUCAGCACCAGCGAAGGCCGCUGUGGUGCGGGCCUCUCGGAUGCCCAAAGCCCCUUCAUACACCCGAGGCAGGAAGGCCGCAGCCACCCCAGAGAAGAAGGCUGACGCCGAGGAGGAAGAGGAGGGGCCAUCAAAAGAGGUCCCGUUCCAAGACGAUCCUUCAGAUGCUGACUACACACCUAAAUUCCAGUACAAGUCUUUAGCAGCUAAAUCCUACAUGAGUACUCGUAGGAAGAGGAUUGCAUUGAAGCGCUUGCUUGGAUCAGGUGACGAGGGUGAAGAGCAAGAAGAGGCAGACACCGCCACUAAGAGCAGCGAUGCUCCAGCAACUGAAGGAGAGGAGGAAGGAGAGGAGGAUGGCACGGAGGCAGAGGAUGGGGAGGAGGGGGACGAAGAUGAGGAUGAAGGAGAAGACGACAGCGGAGGAGAGGGGAGGGCGUCUCGGGCUGGGGCCAUCUCGGACAGAACCGAGUCGCGAGCAUACAGCUCUAUCACCCACAAAUGCACUGACUGUGGGAAGAAGUUUACUCACACGGGCAACUUCAAGAGGCACAUCCGCAUUCACACUGGGGAGAAACCCUUCAGCUGCAGGGACUGCCACAAAGCCUUCUCCGACCCCGCCGCCUGCAAAGCACACGAGAAAACGCACAGCCCACUGAAGCCGUACUGCUGCUCCACGUGUGGCAAGAGCUACCGGCAGAUCAGCCUGCUCAACCUGCACCGCAAGCGGCACACGGGCGAGGCGCGCUACAGCUGCGAGGACUGCGGCAAGCUCUUCACCACGUCUGGCAACCUCAAGCGGCACCAGCUGGUGCACAGCGGCGAGAAACCCUACCAGUGCGACUACUGCGACCGCGCCUUCUCUGACCCCACCGCCAAGAUGCGGCACCUGGAGACACACGACACCGACAAGGGACACAAGUGCCCGCACUGCGACAAGAGGUUCAACCAGACCGGGAAUCUGAAGGCGCAUAUGAAGAUUCACAUCACAGACGGGCCACUGAAGUGUAAGGAGUGUGGCAAGCAGUUCACCACCUCAGGGAACCUGAAGAGACAUCUGCGAGUCCAUAGCGGGGAGAAGCCCUACGUGUGUAUGCAUUGCAAGAGGGCCUUCGCUGACCCUGGCGCCCUGCAGAGACACGUCCGCAUCCACACAGGUGAGAAGCCCUGCCUCUGCCUGAUAUGUGGGAAAGGCUUUGCUCAGGCCAGCUCCCUCAUCGCUCACGUCCGGCAGCACACGGGAGAAAAGCCCUACGUCUGUGACCGCUGCGGAAAGAGGUUUGUGCAGUCAAGUCAGCUGGCCAACCACAUCCGUCACCACGACAACAUCAGGCCACACAAGUGUCACGUCUGCCACAAGGCCUUUGUCAAUGUCGGCGAUCUGUCCAAGCACAUCAUCAUUCAUACAGGUGAAAAGCCCUUCCUCUGUGACAAAUGCGGCCGGGGCUUUAACCGCGUGGACAAUCUGCGUUCGCACGUCAAGACGGUUCACCAAGGCAGGGCGGGCAUCAAGCGGCUGGUGGUGGCCCAGGGUGAGGAGGAGGAGGGAGAUGAUAAGCUCCAGCAGGCCUCCACCUCCGCCUCGGAGCUGGACGACAGCGAGAUCAACAUAGUGACCGUCACCACAGAUGACAUUGUGACUCUCGCCACAGAGGCGCUGGCAGCCAGUGCAGUGGCCCAGUUAACAGUGGUUCCAGUUCAAUCAGCCGUGUCGGCUGAUGAAACCGAAGCUUUAAAAGCAGAGAUCACCAAGGCUGUGGAGAAGGUGCAGGAGGCAGACCCCAACACCCAGAUCCUGUACGCGUGCGACUCGUGCGGGGAGAAGUUCCUGGAUGCCAGCUCUCUGGCACAGCACGUGCGCAUCCACACAGCCCAGGCCCUUGUCAUGUUCCAGGCGGACUCCGACUUCUACCAGCAGUACGCGGCGGGGGACGGCACCUGGCAGACCACGGAGCAGGUCAUCCAGGGCGGAGAGCUCCUCUUCCGCACCCGCGACGGAGAAGAGGGAGAGGAAGAGGUGGAGACGGUGGCUGUGGCUGUGACUGAGGCUGAGGCAGUGGCAGUGGCAGAGACUGAGGGGCAAGCAGUGCUGGAGGCAGAGCUCCCUCCGACAGAGGUGAAGGAGGAGACCGUGGCUGAGGUGGAGGGAGGCGAAAGUUAGGUUGAGGAGAAGAGAUGGACUAGUGAUUGCCAGACUUCAGAUCUGAAUGUACUGGUAAUCACAUUGUUAGAUGCUUGAUGAAUUGCACUAUAGAAGCUCUUGUGUAUACUACUAGAUGCUGUUUUCUUUUUAGUCUUGGAACCCUUCUGAUAGAUUUGUCACCAAAUGAGUUCUUUUGUUUAAUGAAAAAACGGAUUAGGACUAUUAUGUCUGAGGGGGAAAAAUGUAUAUCAUGUCUUGGUAUUAUUGGUUAAGUUUGUGAUGUCUAUUUUUCAGCAUCAACGGGGUGUAAUCAAAGAAUAGAUUCAAACUAAUAAAUGUCUUUCCCAAUAUACUGUAGACCUAAAUGUCUUUCAAAAUACUUUUUUAACAAUAUGUAGUGUAUCACUAAUUUAUUUUACGGAACUGAAUGACAGUAUCUCAAACUAACUAGCUUUCUCCAUCAUCCUAUUGCUACUUGUUGUUGUUGCUGCGUUGUGGCAGAAUGCACUUUGCCUAUUUUGUGUAAAUACUGCUGUUCUUUUUUCAUUAAUCAAUAGAAUAAUGUAGUGUAAAAUAUGCUACAUGACCUUAUUGGCUGAAAAAGGUUUGCCAUGGUUGUCAGAAACAGAAAUCUACUGCACCAAAUAGACAUACACAAAUGAGUUCAAAGUCAUUGGAUUUUCUUUGACAUGAUGCUUCCUUUAUCUGUAAAUAAAUGAAAAGUAAGCUUAAA